AUGGCUAUGAGUAGGAUCGUCUUCUAUCUGUGGCCCUUGACUAUGUUUGUGGGCCAUAUAGGUGGGCACAGUUUGUUUUCUUGUGAGCCCAUUACCUUGAGGAUGUGCCAAGAUUUGCCUUAUAACACUACCUUCAUGCCCAAUCUUCUGAAUCACUAUGACCAACAGACGGCAGCUUUAGCAAUGGAGCCAUUCCACCCUAUGGUGAAUUUGGAUUGCUCUCGGGAUUUCCGGCCAUUUCUCUGUGCACUCUAUGCUCCUGUCUGUAUGGAAUACGGCCGUGUCACACUUCCCUGCCGUAGGCUCUGUCAGCGGGCUCACAGUGAGUGUUCGAAGCUCAUGGAGAUGUUUGGUGUUCCUUGGCCUGAAGAUAUGGAAUGCAGUAGGUUCCCUGAUUGUGAUGAGCCGUAUCCUCGGCUGGUGGACCUGAACUUAGCUGGCGAUCCUACUGAAGGAGCCUCAGUGGCAGUGCAGAGGGACUAUGGCUUUUGGUGUCCCCGAGAGCUGAAAAUCGAUCCUGAUCUUGGCUAUUCCUUUUUGCACGUGCGUGAUUGUUCACCUCCUUGUCCAAAUAUGUACUUUAGGAGAGAAGAGCUUUCAUUUGCUCGGUAUUUCAUAGGAUUGAUUUCAAUCAUUUGCCUCUCUGCCACGUUGUUUACUUUUUUAACUUUUUUGAUUGAUGUGACAAGAUUCCGUUAUCCUGAAAGACCCAUUAUAUUUUAUGCCGUCUGCUACAUGAUGGUGUCAUUAAUUUUUUUUAUUGGGUUUUUGCUUGAGGACCGAGUUGCCUGCAAUGCAUCCAGCCCUGCACAGUAUAAGGCUUCCACAGUGACCCAAGGAUCUCAUAACAAAGCCUGUACCAUGCUUUUUAUGGUACUCUAUUUUUUCACUAUGGCUGGCAGCGUUUGGUGGGUGAUUCUUACCAUUACAUGGUUCUUGGCAGCCGUGCCAAAGUGGGGUAGUGAAGCUAUUGAGAAGAAAGCCUUGCUGUUUCACGCCAGUGCGUGGGGCAUCCCUGGAACUCUGACCAUCAUCCUUUUAGCGAUGAAUAAAAUUGAAGGUGACAAUAUCAGUGGCGUGUGUUUUGUUGGCCUCUACGAUGUUGAUGCCUUGAGGUAUUUUGUUCUUGCACCCCUCUGCCUGUAUGUGGUAGUUGGGGUUUCACUCCUUUUAGCUGGCAUUAUAUCCCUAAACAGAGUGCGAAUUGAGAUUCCAUUAGAAAAGGAGAACCAGGAUAAACUGGUGAAGUUUAUGAUCCGGAUUGGUGUUUUCAGCAUUCUGUAUCUCGUACCACUCUUGGUUGUAAUCGGAUGCUACUUUUAUGAGCAAGCUUACCGCAGCAUCUGGGAAACAACGUGGAUACAAGAACGCUGCAGAGAAUAUCACAUUCCAUGUCCAUAUCAGGUUACUCAGAUGAGUCGUCCAGAUCUGAUUCUCUUUCUGAUGAAAUACCUGAUGGCUCUCAUAGUUGGUAUUCCUUCCAUUUUUUGGGUUGGAAGCAAAAAGACUUGCUUUGAAUGGGCCAGUUUUUUCCACGGUCGUAGGAAAAAAGAGAUAGUGAACGAGAGCCGACAGGUACUCCAGGAACCUGAUUUUGCUCAGUCCCUCCUGAGGGAUCCCAAUACUCCUAUCAUAAGGAAAUCAAGAGGAACUUCCACUCAAGGGACAUCCACACAUGCUUCCUCAACGCAGCUGGCCAUGGUGGAUGACCAGAGGAGCAAAGCAGGGAGUGUCCACAGCAAAGUGAGCAGCUACCACGGCAGCCUGCACAGGUCCCGUGAUGGCAGGUACACUCCCUGCAGUUACAGAGGAGUGGAGGAGAGACUACCUCAUGGCAGCAUGUCACGGCUUACAGAUCACUCCAGGCACAGCAGUUCCCAUCGGCUCAAUGAACAGUCACGACAUAGCAGCAUCAGAGAUCUCAGUAACAAUCCUAUGACUCACAUCACACAUGGUACCAGCAUGAAUCGGGUUAUUGAAGAAGAUGGAACCAGUGCUUAA